GACAUUUUUUCUCUUGGCAGGUGACUUCCUGCCCUGACUGCGAUGAGCUGGGCUGCUGGGACACAGUGUGUGGCCAAGGGGGACCACAGGAAAGCCAAACCUGGAGAACUGGUUUACCACAAAGGAGACAUCCUCACUGUUGUUGAUACGAGCACGAGGAAAGGAUACUUCAAGGCAAGGCACAACACCACAGGAGAGGAGGGACUUGUCAACUCCACUAAUGUGCGUGAAAGAGAGGCUCUGCGUGUGGAUCCAGGCCUCAGCCUUAUGCCCUGGUUUCAUGGUAACAUCUCCGGCCCGGAGGCGGUGAGUAAGCUGCAGCCGCCCGAGGAUGGCCUGUUCCUGGUGCGAGAGUCUGUCCGCCACCCUGGCGACUACGUCCUGUGCGUCAGUGUUUCCGGACAGGUCGUCCAUUACCGAGUGAUUUAUCAGGACAAUAAGUUGACCAUCGAUAACGCAGAGCAUUUCUACAACCUUAUUGACAUGAUAGAGUUCUACUCAGAGAACAAAGGCUCCAUUGCUACAACUCUUCUGAAGCCCAAACAAAAACAUGGAGCCAAGUCAGCUGAGUUGGAGCUCUCUAAAUCGGGAUGGCUGCUGGACAUCACGAAGCUCACACUGGGAGAAAAUAUUGGAGAGGGGGAGUUUGGCGCUGUUUAUAAAGGGGACUAUAUGGGCCAGAGGGUGGCAGUAAAGACCAUCAAAUGUGAUGUCACAGCCCAGGCUUUCCUGCAGGAAACCACUGUAAUGACGAAGCUCCAACAUAAAAACCUAGUGCGAUUGUUGGGCGUCAUCCUUCACAAAGGGCUUCACAUCGUUACAGAGCUCAUGACGAAGGGUAACCUUGUUAACUUUCUCAGGACAAGAGGGCGCUCAGUUGUAAACUCUGUCCAGCUGCUACGCUUUGCACUUGAUGUGUGUGAGGGGAUGGAGUACCUGGAGUCUAAGAAGCUGGUUCAUAGAGACUUGGCAGCUCGUAACGUCCUUGUCUCUGACGACAGCGUAGCCAAGGUCAGUGACUUUGGCCUGACCAAGGAUCUGAAGGUGUCAGAUAGCGUAAAACUGCCAAUCAAAUGGACUGCUCCCGAAGCUCUGAAGAAAGAGAAAUUCUCCACAAAGUCAGAUGUUUGGAGUUACGGUGUUCUUCUAUGGGAGAUUUUCUCUUAUGGCCGUCAACCCUACCCUAAAAUGUCUCUUCAGGAGGUGAAGGAGAGAGUGGAGGGAGGGUAUCGCAUGGAGGCUCCAGAGGACUGUCCAGCAGGCGUUUACUCUCUGAUGAGGAUUUGCUGGGAACAGGAGCCACGCAAAAGGCCCACUUUCCACAAACUGAGGGAGAAACUUGAACAAGAGAUGCAAGAGAUGAGUAAACACAGCCGAUAGAUAGUAGAAGCUGAAACUGAAAGAGUGUGUGCGCUUAGACAGUUUAUCUACAUAUUGUUGCCCCUUCUGUGUUGGCAUUAAAGCACUCAGCACCACACAAGAGGGAUAAACUUAACACUUCCAGCAGGAGUCCUCUAAACCAGCCGAUGGUGACUCUCCUCAUCAUUUAAAGCCAGUGAGUGAUUUAUGGUUGUAUUGAAAAAUGUUUUAAAACACAUUUCAAACAAACCCACAUGAGAAUGUAAAGCCCCUACUUGUGAAGCUUGUUGUCACUAUGCUUGGAGAGCCAUGCAGAGUUGCAGGGGGCUGAGGUCUGUGAGAGGUGGGGUGCACCGUGGACCGGUUGCUAGUUUGUCACACAUUAGAUGAGGAAUCUAUAACAGUUCUUCAUCUAAAAAAGAAAACUUGGCCUUUGCCCGCAACACUUUUCUGGUCAUCAUGCUUGAAGUGGACUUUGAUUCAAUUCAUUCAAAUUUUAAUUUCAUGAGAUUAAAUCUAUGUGAAAUUAUUUACUACUACUACUUACUACUACCGUCUAUGUUAGGAUUUUGAGAUUAAAUGAGCGACUUUGUGUUAUCCACUGUCCUCAUGGGAUCUUUUGCUUUUUGCAGGUACAGAAUGACUUUAUUAAUCUUGGGAUAUAAAAGAUUUCAGGCUGCAGAUGUUUAUUUUAGACACACAGACAUGUAUGUUAUUUAUUACAGUACAUAGAUCACAUGUUUGUAUUGUGUGAUUAUCAGGUGCUUUUUUUAAUAGAAAUGUAAUAAAAUAGUAAUCUGUUUGAUAAUAUUAAAAUAUUUUCACUUCAAAACUCAUAU